GACCAAAACAGAAACAACAAACACCCACUUGGGCAGAUCAGGGAUAGAAAUCAUUCAAAUAACUUUGAGGAUGUUUUUGUUUUUAAAGCCAGUUUGUGUCUGUCUGUUCCCCCCCCCCCCCCACAAUCCCACGCUCACCCCUUUUGGGGCUUGUGGCUCUCAGUCGACAGGGAAUCAAAACCACUUUGAAGUAUUUUCAUGCCCUCCCUGAGGUGGCAGCUUGAAUUCAAAGAGGGACAAUCAAAACAAGAUACCUGGACAAUACCUAAACUACCAAUGUUGGGUACGUCCUAAAUGCAGAUAUGGGCUAAUUUUGCCCAAGAAGACAAAGCAGAACACUAUAGCCUUGUCUAAACACUCUAUUUUUGAGGAUUCGGAUGAUGAGACUUCAGUCAAUGAGAGCCUUCAGAAGGAGUCACUAAAGAAAAAAAUGAUGAAGCAGACUAAGUUAGAAAUUCAAAAGGCACUGGAGGAAGAUGCCACAGUCUAUGAGUAUGACAGUGUUUAUGAGGACCUUCAACAAAAGAAGUUGGAAAGCAGCACAAAGUUAUUGUCCGGUACAAAUAAACAGCCCAAGUACAUUGAGAGCCUACUGAAAGCUGUAGGGGAACGUAAAAAGGAACAAGACAGACGGAUGGAACGAAAAAUCCAAAAGGAAAGGGAGGCUGAAGGAGAGAAGUAUAUGGACAAAGAUGCAUUCGUCACUUCUGCCUAUAAAAAGAAGCUCCAAGAACGAGCCGAGGAGAAAGAGCAAGAACGCAAGGAAGCAGAAAGAGAGGCUUCUUUGGAUGUAACAAAACAGAAGGACCUCAGUGGGUUCUACCGGCACUUUUUGAAUCAGAAAGUGGGUGAAGAAUUGAUUCCAGAAUGCAGUAUUCGUGGAACCAAAGGUGUGAAAGAAGAACAAUCCAGAAACUAUCCUGAUGAGAGUGACUGUAAAAGUCCUGAUGUCAUAUCAAGGGAGUCUGUGGAUAAACUCAAUCAAGAACUAGAUGCAGUCAGUGACUUUGAAAUUGACAGCGGUGCUGACAAAGCUAAAAGUAGCCAAAAAAACAUGGCUUCCAAAACAAGGAAUGAUGAUGAGAGUUCAGAGAUUAAUGAAGAGAAGGGAAGAAGCCGUCAAUACAGAAGGCAUGUCGAGUCCUCUAGUGACGAAGAGCAAAGUCACCAUCAACACAUGGGCCGUUCAACCAAAGAAGGCAGAAGUGAGAAAAGCAAGAGCCAUUCAAAGAGUCAUAAAGAUAAGGAAAAAAACUUCAAAAGUAGAGAAAGUUCCAGUCAUAAGGAGCACAAACAUGAGAAGGAAAAGCAUAGGGAAAAGGAUCAUGGUAGGAAGGAGAGAGAACACAAAAGAUACAAGGAUAGCAAAGAACAGAAGAGAAUCAAGGAGGAAAAAUCUAAAGAUAAAGACCACAGCAGUGGAAGGGAUGAGAGACACCGAGAUUACAGAGAGAAGCCCAAAGAAAGGGAUGAGCAAGCAAAAGAUGAAAAGCUCAAAGAACGAGAAGGAAACAAAGUGGAAAAGUAUUCAAAGAAAAAUGAUAGAAGAAUGGAAGAAAAUUACAGAGAGCAACACCAGGAAGAGGGAAACUGUGACAAAGAGAUUAGUGAAAGGGAAAAGGAAGGAGAAACAUUUGAAAGACCCGAUGAUAAGAAAUAUGAAAAUAGUGAUAUAAGGGAAGAUGGCUCGGCAGAAGAGAAACCCAGGAAACAUGAUCACAAGAGAUCUAGGUCUGAAGAAAAAAUAAUUGAAGAACUGAGUGUAGAAACCAGCAAUAAUGAAGAUGAGGGCAAGAACCUGAAUUUAAUGUGUGCACAAAAAUCAGAAGAUGAUCCAGAAAAGGAAACAAAUGGAGCUGCAGACAACCAACCGUUCAGUAAAUUUAUCAAGCGCAGCAAUGAAGAGACUAUAACCUCCGCAAAAGAGCGAUAUCUUGCAAGGCAGAUGAGCAGGGCUUUAACAAAGUCAUACAUUGAACCAGAGGAAAAUGAGUAGUUUUAUUGGGACUGCUAACUGAAAAUUUUCAAAUUUUAAAUGUAUAAAAUAAUCUUUGAAAGUUUUUGUGAAGCCUUGUAUGAAACCAUUAUAACUAUUAAAAUAAUCUUCAUCUCUUAA